GGCUGCAGCUGCGCGCCACGCUGGAGAACAUCACCCGGCUGCGGGCCGAGGGGGAGGACUUCCGCUGGUACCUCAAGCUGAAGUGUGGGAACUGCGGUGAAGUUUCUGAAAAGUGGCAGUAUCUGCGGUUGAUGGACAGUGCUCCCCUGAAAGGAGGCAGAGGAAGCGCCACUAUGGUGCAGAAAUGCAAGCUGUGCUCCAGGGAGAACUCCAUUGAUAUUUUAAGUCAGACAAUCAAACCUUACAACGCUGAAGACAGCGAGAAAUUCAAAACGAUAGUGGAGUUCGAGUGCCGAGGCCUGGAACCGGUUGACUUUCAACCACAGGCAGGAUUUGCUGCUGAAGGUGCAGAAUCUGGCACACCUUUCAAUGACAUAAACUUAUUAGAAAAGGAUUGGAAUGACUAUGAUGAAAAAACAAAGGAAUCUGUUGGAAUCUAUGAAGUUACCCAUAAAUUUGUAAAAUGCUAAAGUUCCUACCCCUAAUGAAUCCUGACAUGCUAUUGACAAAGGACCUGUAGCCAUCAGAGAUGCACUUUCCUUGGAGUUGCUGUUCACAUGGCUGUACUUCACAAAUGGAAACCUAAGUUGUACUUACUGUCCCCAGGACAUCCUAAUAAAAUACUUUCCCCAGAG